CAUGUGCGCGUCCCUCGAGGGACGUGAUUUUCCAACCAAUAUAAAAAGGAGACAAUCAGUAAAGUAUAUUGCCGACUUUCCUUGCCUCUUUCUCUCGUUGCUGUAAUCAUCUCCCUCUUCACUAAACAUAGUAUCCACAUGCUUUACUCCCCAUGAAAAAAAACGGGGGGCAAAUUUUUUUUGUUUGCUGGUGCCCGGUGAAUUCUUAGAUAGAGUGAAGGUGCUUCAGGAGCCUCAUGGCCGUCACAUGGCGACAGUAAAAUUUAUCCAAAAGUUAACUUGUGAUGCUCUUGCGUUGGAAGAAGAAGGGAAGAGCUGAAGCUGCUUCUUCUUCAUCGUCCCUCCUGGUGAUUUGUGGAUGGUGAUGUUUGAGGAAAGAAAGCAUCUUUGGGUUUGUUUUGGACAGGUGGGUGAUGUGAGUUUGUUCUCAGCUGAUAAAGUGGGCAUUUUUCACCACCAGCUUCUUAUCUGUUGAUGAAGCGGCGAGAGAUUCGGAGCCACCGCGACUGAGCUCGAUCAAGUGAAGUUGUUCUUGAAGGGUUAACUGUUUGUUAGUCGUGAUCAGAGAAAAGAUUGAAGCUGCUCUCAGAAGUCCAGGGCAAGGUUCUUUUUCUUUGGCAGUUUUGCAAUGUGGUCUGCAGAGUGGUUUGCUCUAACAUGCAUUUGGGAUUUGGGUAAUUCAGAUAGUGACUUUUCUUAAUUUAUCUAUUUAGUAAUUAUUUGUAAUAAGGCAAAGUAGCUUCUCUUCCCUUGAUUAAUUUAGAGAAGGACUGGAAAAGGGGGAGGGGGAAAAAGAUGAAAUCUUUGAGUGGAAUUGGACUGGGGUUGAGUGUGGUCUUUGGUUGCCUUGUUUUAGCCCUGUUUGCAGAAUUCUACUAUUUGCUCUGUUGGAAAAAGAGGUUCACAAACAGAACAAUUGAAGAAGGCUAUAACAAUACUCCAACUAAAGAGCUCCUUCACAUUUUCUGCUGUAAAAAGCCAUCUUCUUUGAGCCAAACAGCUUUGAAUCCCCAAGAGCUCCCUUCCUCAGGAAUAAUCUCUGAUACCCAGUUGAAUGGUUCACAGAAUCAGCUACAACAAGUCCACUCAAACAAGGAUAUUCUGGUAAAACCAUGUGAAGAGGAGAGCAUGGAGACAGAGCUCAUGAGGCUGCACAAGCUUGGAGGGCCUCCCAGAUUUCUCUUCACCAUUGUUGAAGAGACAAAGGAAGACUUGGAGUCAGAAGAUGGCAGGUCCAGAGGCGAAAAGGGCUCAAGAGGAAAGAGCUUGAGUGAAUUGCUUUUCACAGUGGAAACCCCAUUUCUCACUCCUCUGGCCUCUCCAUCUCUCUUCACACCCCCUCUCACUUCCCCUGCGAACACAUACCAUAACCCGCAUGGAUUCAACCCUCUCUUUGAGUCCUCAACUGAUGCAGAGUUCAACAGAAUCAGGGCAUCACCACCUCCAAAGUUCAAGUUCUUGCAGGAUGCAGAAGAGAAGCUGAGAAGGAAAAUGAGAGAGAACUCUGAGAGGAAUGUUGUCAGAACCGGCGGUCACAUUCAUCACGAUAGUAAGAGUCAGAAAGUUACUGAUUCAAAGUCUAUGAGAGAUGAUGAGGAAGAUGGGUCAUUCAUCACCAUCCUUAUUGAUAAAAACAGGAGAGAAAAGUGAAUCACCAACAUCAUCUCUCCUCCGCCCCAACUAAAGACUUGACAGUUUCUUAGUUAAUCCAAUCCACAGCAACCCUUGUAUGAUGAACCGCGAAUUAGUGAACUUUCAAGAGGGGAGAAGAAGAAAAUAUCCUGCAAAAUGAUGUAGAAGUGAAAAGGUGGGUCUCAAGGCAAGCGGAGGACCUGUGGGUUUACUUUCCUUUUUUUUUUUUUAAUCCAACUCCAGGCCUCCUCCUGAAUUUUUACCUGUGUAAUCAUUCUUGUGAGGGAAGGUGCUGCCAAAUACUGAUGCUUCAGUCAAAAGCACUGUCAUUCUUGUUUCUUCCCUUUAUUUCAACAAUAUUGUUGUUCUUUCGUGCCUGUAAAAUUUUUGUCUGCUUUCUUGUGAUCUUUUUUCUUUCUUUAUUAACAUAUGGCAAUGGACACCGACUUCUCGCCGGUUCCAUGUCCUGAUGCACAAAGAUAUUGCCACUGUCAUGUCAUUGAAUAUAUAACCACACAUUGAUGCUUUGUACCAUACCUAGCUAAAGAUCAACCUCUUAAGUGAAUAAAGUAUUAAGCAUCA